GAUCCCGGAAUAACUACGCACUUGCGCAAACGUCCUCGGUAACAAAAUCAAAGUAUAUCACGGAGCGGACCAAGGUCUCCAAGGAGGGGAGAGAAAAGACCUAAGAUUGUCAUCAAUAAGUAAUAUCUUCAUAUGGAAUGAAUAUAAAUAAUAUGUAACUCGAGAAGAGGCAUUCGUUCCUGCUUAUUGUGUCCCACAGCUGUGACGUUAACUCUAGUGGUGAACGGGGCGGCGCGGCGCUAUUCUCGUUCCGGCGAUCAAUACUGCGUUAUCAAGUCAGCUAUCUGGAUAUUUGUAUGCGCGUAGUACGCAUACAGCGCUUGAAUGAGCCUGCCGCGAGUGAUAGAUAACACGAAAAUUAAACUGAAUAAUACCCCACAGGGUAAUUUAGGAGAUGUGAACAAUCGUUCUUGAAAAUGCCUCUGCCAGAACUGUUGAAACGAGCCUCUAGCUAUUUUCUCGGUUUAGAAUUCGACGACAAUGAAGAACCACCUGACUAUGUCGACAACGAAAUAUUGUUUUGUAAGAAUAAUGUCUGUGUACAUCCUCCUACUAUUGCCAGGCAUGAGCUGGACAUCAUUCAUCACCCAGGAUACUUGACAGUGACGACAAAAGUGUUCACGGAUCAACACAACAAUUCAAAACGACCCACGCUCUUCUUGAAUUGGAUUCCGAAUUCUACUUUACGAAAAUGCCCUUCAGCUGUAGAAACCAGUCCAAGCGAUGAACUUGGAAGCGGGGUAAAACCUGCAAGUCCUAAAGAAAUUAAACAAAACGAAAAAAAUGAUACAAGCAAACAUGACACGAAUAACGAAAAUGCAUUUUCCGAUUCUUCAGAAACGACUAGCAUAAAUUCUAACUCAGACAAGCAAAGCAUCAAAUCUAAUGAUACUAGGUACACUAACAAUGAUACUACACAAGAAGAACUAUCGUCAAGUUCAAAACCGACGGUAAAAUCGGUUGAUUCCAAUAAAGACAAUGUUUUUGCAAGUUUUGAGAAAGAUGAGUCUAAAGAUGAAGUGUAUGUGUACGACAAACAUGUGCGAUCACAGUCAAUGACGUCGGUUAAUAUAGUUAUUGCUAAUCCGAAUAUAGAAAAUAUUGACUUGACCCCUGAUUCACAAUCGGGCGACCGGUUCAUCAGAUCAUUGUCGAUGAGUUCAUGUGAUGAAUUCAAUCCUAACUGGAUGAGCACUCCUGAGUUCCUUGCUCUCAAGCACAAUUUAGUAUUUCCUGAUAGCGUACAUAGCUCUCCAGUGCCACAAAGAAGGGCACCUAUUAAAUGUCGAAGGUUUUCAGUGGAUCUGAGUCAAAUGCGAUCUUUGCGACUGUUUUUCAACGACGACAAUUGUACUUGCGGACAACUGGUUGUAGCCUCCAGGGAGUCUCAGUAUAAAAUUCUUCAUUUCCACCAUGGUGGACUGGAUCGCUUAGCACAAGUUUUGCAUAGAUGGCAUUCGCUGUUGCACAACAUCAAACUUACACCAGGUUCCGAAGAACCCAAUCUGCCAUAUCGACAUUUCAUGGUAUGCCGUCCAGAAGUUCAAAAAUCCGAACAACAUCCCGAAGAAGAGAAAGUACCCAAGAUCACCCCAGAACUGUUCUACGGAAAAAUAAUGAACGGAAAAGGAGUUAUUGAGGAUGAUCUUUUCUUAAGAAAAUGCAUCUUUUUCGGUGGCCUUGACAAGGAGCUUAGAAGAGAAGUUUGGCCUUUCCUUCUUCAUUGCUAUCCGUAUAAUUCUACUUACGAUGAAAGGGAAAUAAUUCUACAGAUUAGAACCAGAGAAUACGACGAAAUAUCAAAGAGACGGCUCGAAAAGAUGACUCCGGAACAGAACGCGAUGUUUUGGAAGUCAGUGCAAAGUGUUAUAGAGAAAGAUGUGGUUAGGACAGAUAGAGGCAAUCCAUUCUUUGCAGGCGACAACAAUUACAAUAUAGAGAUUAUGAAGAACAUUUUGCUGAAUUACGCAGUUUAUAACCCGGCUCUUGGGUAUACGCAAGGAAUGAGCGAUCUACUUGCUCCAGUUUUAUGUGAGAUUAAGUGCGAGGCGGAGGCGUUCUGGUGUUUCGUCGGCCUCAUGCAGAGAGCCAUAUUUGUGUGCACCCCCACCGACAAUGAUAUGGAUAACAAUCUUAGCUACCUCCGUGAAUUAAUAAGAAUAAUGCUGCCACACUUCUACAAACAUUUGGAGAAACACGUUGACGCUAUGGAACUUCUUUUUUGUCAUCGUUGGAUAUUGUUGUGCUUCAAACGUGAGUUCACCGAAUCCGUAGCUCUUCGCAUGUGGGAAGCCUGCUGGGCAAACUAUCAGACGGACUAUUUCCAUCUGUUUCUUUGUCUCGCUAUCAUAGCAGUGUAUGCUGAUGACGUCAUCGCUCAAGAUCUUAAUACCGACGAGAUGCUAUUACACUUCAGCUCUUUAGCUAUGUACAUGGAUGGUCGAUUAAUUCUACGAAAGGCCCGUGGUUUGCUCCACCAGUUUCGUCAGUUGCCUCGGAUUCCCUGCACUCUAGCUGGUAUGUGCCAACGUUGCGGACCUGGUAUUUGGGACUCAACGCAUCGACCAAGUGUCGAAUGUACCGGCGCUCAUGAUUUCUGUGAAUAUGCUGUACAGUAAACUAAAAUUAUUAUCUUUAACUUCAAUUUUGAAUUAAGAGAAAUAACUCAAAUCUUAGGGCGUUUUGAAAUUAGACGCUUACUGAAGCGCGCGUCUGUGACAGCCGCGCCACUAUUUAUUUUCAUACAAUAUCUCCAUACCUCUCACGUACCUAAGUUAUUAUAAGCCACAAAAUAGCAUUUUUUUGCUUUAUAACUUAAAUAUAUACUUUUUAUGUAUAUCAUACCAUGUUUGAAAGUACCCAAAAUACAAUUUCUUUGAUUUGAACAAUUAGUAAAGUAACAGUUGCGCCACUGCAAAGCUUCUGUAAGCGUUUCAUUUGAAGGCGCCCUUAAACGGUUAUUGGGCAAUCAGUUGCAGAUGAAAGGUGUAGGAAUUUUCCAAAGAAAAGAGCAGAAUUUGUCAGCGUCAAAGUGAGUUAAAAAAUAUUGGAACAUUUGACAAAACGACCUUAUAUAAAAGACUUUAAGGUAGAUGCUCGUUUAAAAGAAGAAUGGCGACAUCCCGUGUAUUUUGUGACCCAGUGUUUUUGACGACGUGCAUUAAAGAGACCUAUCAAUUCU